AGUUGCAGAGCUUGUGAGCCAGUCGGCUGGAGUUGCAGGACGGUGGAAGCGCUCCGACUCCCGCGUGGUCAUGUUUCUCCAAUAUUACCUCAACGAACAAGGAGAGCGGGUCUAUACACUGAAGAAGUAUGACCCCAUGGGACAGCAGACCUGCUCGGCCCAUCCGGCUCGCUUCUCCCCAGAUGACAAAUACUCUCGACACCGCAUCACCAUCAAGAAGCGCUUCAAGGUGCUCAUGACGCAGCAGCCGCGCCCGAUCCUCUGAGGGUCUCUUGAUUUCCUGUCUCUUCUGCCCUCCGCUACCCCCACAGAGACUUUCCUUCAUCAACCAGCUGCUGGGUCUGUGAGCCUGUAGCAGCCUCGCAUUCUGGCUCCUGGGAGUUGGGUCUCAUCCCAUCUGGAGAUUGUGCUUGGGUGAGGCCGGCCUGGUUAGCCCCUCCUCCUCCCCCCACCAUCAAAGGGAGCGAGUUUUAAUCCAUUCCGCGUUUUUAGUCACUGCCUGAUUAUUAAAAAUGAUUUGAAAGAGUU